UUCUAAAACAGGGUGUAAUUCUCAUCUUCACCUUAAGGAUGUGUUACUGACGGCAUCCCUCAGAUCCUGAGAAGCUGUGGGAAAAGAGGACCGCGAGACUGUCCUGUGGUCCUGCUGCAUCCAAUUUCUUGCGGAUUCAGUUAUCAGCGUGCGUCUCUCUCGGUUGUGCUUGAGAGCGCGAUGCGAGGAAGAGUCAUGGAUAAAUCAUAAACGUGCAAACCACUGGAUUUAUUUGAUGCGUAUGGUUGUGGGCUUGAAGUUAUAAGGAUUCGGAAUAAUUCUUCAUAUUUCCAACCAGGCUGCUGAGAGGAGGACUGUUGCAAUGUCAUCCCGUUCAACAUUCUUGGAGCUUUGUGGAAGAGGGAUGCUGGAAUGAAGUCGAGCACUAUGGGGUUUUCCAGGUUGGUUCUUCUGACUCUUCCAGCUCUCCUUACCCUCAUUAACAUCUCACAUGCGGCGGAAAAAGUUCCCAUACUGAACAUUGCUGUGAUCCUGGGUCAAACACGCUACAUCUCAGACAGAGAUAUACGGGCUCUGUGGAGCAAAGACGAUCCCAUAGACGUCAACGUGGUGACCCUGCUAGUGAACGAAACAGACCCCAAGAGCAUCAUUACCCAUGUGUGCGAUCUCAUGUCCGGGACUAAAAUCCACGGGGUGGUGUUUGGGGACGGCACAGACCAGGAAGCCAUCGCCCAGAUUUUGGAUUUUAUUUCCUCGCAGACGUUGAUACCCAUCCUUGGGAUCCACGGGGGCUCGUCCAUGAUCAUGGCGGAUAAGGACGUGAAAUCGACAUUCUUCCAGUUCGGGGCCUCCAUCCAACAGGAGGCGCUGCUCAUGCUUAACAUCAUGGAAGAGUACGACUGGCAUGUCUUUUCAAUAGUGACCAGCAAGUUCCCAGGUUACCAGGAUUUCAUCACCAUUCUGAGGACCACGGUUGACAACAGCUUUGUUGGUUGGGACCUUCAGCACACCAUCACCCUGGACGCUGUGGAUGGCGACUCCAAGGCCCAGAUCCAACUGAAGAAGGUGCAGUCUCCAGUUAUCCUCUUGUAUUGCUCCAAAGACGAAGCAGCUUUCGUCCUGGAGGAGGCCCGCUCGCUGGGCCUGACCGGCUUCGGAUACAUCUGGAUCGUGCCCAGCAUGACAACAGGCAACCCGGACAUCACACCAGAUCCGUUCCCUUCUGGAAUGAUCUCUGUGUCCUACGAUGACUGGGACUAUCCUCUUGAGGCACGAGUUCGAGAUGGCCUUGGGAUUAUAACCACAGCGGCUGCAGCCAUGUUGGAAGAGUUUGGGGACAUUCCAGAGGCCAAAACCAGCUGCUAUGGCCAAAUGGAGAAGGCGAAGUUGCCACCCAGUGCAUUACACAAGUACAUGAUGAACGUGACCUGGGACGGCAAAGAUUUAUCCUUCACAGAGGACGGUUACCAGGUGCAUCCCAAACUGGUGGUGAUCGUGUUGAACAAGGACAGAGAAUGGGAAAAGAUGGGCAAGUGGGAGAACCAGAGUUUGACCUUAAAAUUUCCGGUGUGGCCACGCUUCAACUCUUUUGGUGACGGGGAGACAGAUGACAAUCACCUGACCAUUGUUACCCUGGAGGAGAAGCCCUUUGUCAUAGUGGAAAAUGUGGAGCGCCUCACGGGCACCUGCAUGAGAAACUCUGUGCCCUGUCGCAAACACAUCAAAGACAAUACCACGGAGGGAGGAGGGACGUACAUUAAAAAGUGUUGCAAGGGAUUCUGCAUCGACAUCCUCAAGAAGAUCGCACGAAACGUGAAGUUCACAUAUGACCUCUAUCUGGUGACCAAUGGGAAGCAUGGGAAAAAAAUCAACAAUGUAUGGAACGGCAUGGUGGGAGAGGUGGUCAACAAAAAAGCCGUCAUGGCCGUGGGCUCGCUGACAAUCAAUGAAGAACGCUCGGAGGUCAUUGAUUUCUCUGUGCCCUUUGUGGAAACAGGGAUCAGUGUGAUGGUAUCCCGUAGCAACGGAACAGUCUCUCCAUCGGCUUUUUUAGAGCCCUUCAGUGCAUCGGUGUGGGUGAUGAUGUUCGUGAUGUUGUUGCUGGUGACCGCAAUGGCUGUCUUCAUGUUUGAAUACAUCAGCCCCUUGGGCUUCAACAGGAACCUAGCUCAGGGCAAAGAUCCCCACGGACCAUCUUUCACCAUGGGGAAAGCAGUGUGGCUGCUGUGGGGCCUGGUGUUCAACAACUCUGUACCUGUGCAAAACCCCAAAGGCACCACCAGUAAAUUCAUAGUGUCUGUGUGGGCUUUCUUUGCUGUCAUCUUUCUGGCCAGUUACACUGCUAAUCUGGCUGCCUUCAUGAUCCAGGAGGAAUUUGUGGACCAGGUGACAGGUCUAAGCGACAAAAAGUUUCAGAGCCCUUACUCCUAUUCUCCUCCCUUCCGCUUUGGAACGGUUCCAAAUGGCAGCACAGAGAGGAACAUCAAGAAGAAUUAUCCGGACAUGCAUCAGUACAUGGUGAAGUACCAUCAGUCUGGAGUGAAUGACGCACUGGUCAGCUUGAAGACCGGCAAACUUGAUGCCUUCAUAUACGAUGCAGCUGUGCUGAAUUACAUGGCUGGUAGGGACGAGGGUUGUAAACUGGUGACCAUUGGCAGCGGCUACAUCUUUGCCACCACUGGCUAUGGAAUUGCCCUGCAGAAAGGAUCUCUCUGGAAGCGUCCGGUAGAUCUUGCCAUCCUCGCUAUUAUUGGAGAUGGUGAGAUGGAGGAGUUGGAGGCUCAGUGGCUGACUGGGAUCUGUCACAAUGAGAAGAACGAAGUAAUGAGCAGCCAGCUAGACGUGGACAACAUGGCCGGUGUGUUUUAUAUGCUGGCGACCGCGAUGGGCCUCAGUCUGAUCACCUUUAUCUGGGAGCACCUGUUCUACUGGAGACUCAGAUACUGCUUUACUGGAGUCUGCUCGGGCAAACCCGGCCUGCUCUUCAGCAUCAGCAGGGGUAUUUGGAGUUGCAUUCAUGGUGUCCAUAUCGACAUGAAGAAGAAAUCAUCUGACUUGGACUUCAGCCCACAAUCCAACAUGCUUAAGCUUAUCAAAUCUGCCAAACAGAUGACUAACAUGACCAACCUUAGCGGCUCCAGGAUCAACUCUCCCAAACGGAGUGGCGAGUACAUGCACUCAGCAAGCCCCAUGAUCAUGGACAUGAUGGCAGAGAAAGGAAACUUCAUCUACACCGACAAUCGCAGCUACUCCCAAAAGGACAUUUACGGAGACUCCGGUGACCUGCAAGCGUAUCUAGCCAACCGCCACAAGGACCAUCUGAACAACUACAUUUUUCAAGGUCAGCAUCCCCUCACCCUUAAUGAAUCAAAUCCCAAUACGGUAGAGGUGGCGGUGAGCGCAGACGCGGCCCAGACCAACGCGAAACCUAGGGCUUUGUGGAAAAAAUCUGUUGAUACGUUACGUCAAACUCAGGGGCCUGAAACACUGGACCCCCGUUUGUCUAUGAAGAGCCAGAGGUACUUGCCAGAAGACACAGCGCACUCUGAUAUCUCCGACUGCUCAAGCAGGGCCGCCUCUUACAAGGAUCCAGACAAUAACAAGCACAUGAAGCCAAAAGAUAGCUUAAAAAAAAGAUCGAUGACGUCAAAAUACCCUAGGGAUUGCAGCGAGGUAGAGCUGUCCUACUUAAAAAAUAAGCAGGGCGGAGCGGGACAGGGGAAAAUCUACACCAUAGACUCUGACCGGGAGCUGAGUCUGCACUCAGAUCCUCAGCACUACAGGGAAGGCAGAGGCCUGACCACAGACGAUUUGGAUUUUGCCGAAAUUUACUCCGACCACAACGACAAUUACAGGAAAUGCGACCAGCCCAUCAUCCAUCUCAACAGCAGCCCCCUACAUCAAACUGACUCCGACCUCCUGCCAGACAACGUCUUCAACAAACACUACAGCAUGAAGGAGAAGAACGUCAGUCCGAACGAAAGCAACGACCGCUUCAAACAGACUCAUUGUCGCAGCUGUCUCUCCAAGGUGCCCAAUUACAGUACAGGGCCGUACGCCCCCUUACGCUCCCCGUAUAACCGGUGUGAGGCGUGCCUCCACAUGGGCAACCUGUAUGACAUCAGCGAGGACCAGAUGUUGCAGGAGGCCAUGAUAAGCCCCAGCAUGCACCAAGAUGACAUGUUCAGCCAUUACUGGCCUCAGACAGAUGGGCCACACGUACAGAGGAGGAACAGGCUAAGGCUCAGCCGUCAGCAUUCAUUUGACAAUAUCAUGCUUGAGAAGCCCAAAGAGAUUGACCUGAACCGGCCGGCACGUAGCGUCAGCCUAAAGGAGAAGGACCGCUUCCUGGAGGACAGCCCUUAUGCAAACAUGUUUAACAUCAAGGCCGACAAACUUUUCGGCAGCAGGUCCACCCUCUUUAACCGUAACCUAGAGGAAAGCAAGCGUAGUAAGUCACUUUACCCCGACCACCCCUCAGACAACCCCUUCAUGCAAUCCAUACGGGAUGACACUCGCCUGGUCCACGGCAGGAGCUCCACAGACAUUUACAAACAAUUGGCUCCAAUUAAAGCUCGAAACGAGAACAAUCUGAGGUCCUCCGUAAAGUCCACCACUUCGUACUGUUCCAGGGAUGGUCGAAUACCCAAUGACAUGUACAUUUCAGAGCAUGCAAUGCCUUACGUAGCCAACAAGACUAGUGCAUACUCAGCUCCCCGGGUUCUUAACUCUUCGCAGUUUAGCAAUAGACGAGUAUAUAAGAAAAUACCUAGUCUCGAGUCAGACGUUUAACGCUUUUUUGUGUAGCUGAAAUAUUUACUCACUUAGAAUGCCACAGUCACCUACAUCUUAAAUGGUACCCGAGUACUCUUUCUGCAGAUAUCGCUCUUCUUAUACGAGUGAGUCAGACUGGAUAGCGCUUUCCAAAGGUUUCAGCAUUUUCAGAUGCCUUCUUGGCAAGUGUCUCUGCGACUAAUUGCCAAAAGACAAUUCGUCGAGUCUAAGCCAAUAAAAUUUGGUUCAGCAUGGAAAUCGAUGAUUAUCCCCCACACUUGGCCCAGUGCUAGUGUGUACACCAAUGCUGAGUGCAAAGCUUUGAAGUCUGACCCAUCACUGUGGUGGGCUGAAGCAGAAUAUAGCGUGGGGUUUCAGGUUUUUGGCCCCUCACAGCAUGUAAUGUGGGCAUACUUACUUGUAUCACAUUGAUUGUGGCUGAACUAGUUCCUGAACUUAGGGCAAGCAAGGGUAUUUCAUUCAUGGCACUCGGCAAUUGCAUUUUUGCUUUUAUUAAUAUAGACUUGGGAUAUUUUUGGCAUUCUAAUCCCUAUUUAUCUUAUUUGGUAGCACAAUACUCAUUAGUUACUAGCCCAUCUCUGCUUUAUAAACAGAACUUCUAUAUUACUGUCAGGAUUAGAUUAUUUUUUUGUUUUUUGCAUGUGUGUUUAUUUCUUGCCUUUUCUCUCUUAUUUUGGUCGAAUAUAUAAUUGUACUAAGGUGAUUUUGGUUGACAGCUGAGGUGGUCAUCUGUGCAAUGAAAACUUGACCUGUAUUUAUGUGGUUUGACCCUGGGUUGUGCCGAAGACACACAGGCAGCCCUUGGGAGUUUUGUGUUGAUCCCCUAUUUCAAGAUUUAUGUUCUGUUGGAGAAAGUGAGAUACUUUCGUGAUGGAAGUUAGCCUCACAUUUGUUUUCUUCAAUACUUCCAUCCAUAUCACUGUACACUGUGAAACCAAAUCAAAUCACCUCCUGAAGACAGUUGUUUACAUCGAUGUUUGGCAAAGGAUUGCUUUGUGUGAAAAACAGUGCCACAUGUAAAACCUUGGGUUAGCUUGAAGUCUGAACCAGAACAUUGGUUUUCUAUUGCGGUCCGUACACAUGCAUUUGCAUUGAGGACUGUAGCGAGACCUUUGUUCUGCAGACCUAUUACUACACUUAAUACUGUAUUAAAUACAUUCAUGCAAUGUUAAUCAGAACACAUAGCCAAAUUGUGUAUUCGAUCAAAUACCUCAGGAUGGUUCUUUGUCAUUUUGUCUUACAUUUUCACGGCAGUACUCACAUUUAGCCAUCUUGGAAACGAGAGUUUGAUGCAAAACAGGGUUUUUCUGUUUGGAAAAAAUCUGAAAGUGUUGUAUAGUUAAAGCAAUUGAUACAAACUCGCUGAAUUGUAUACUGUACAUUGUGCUAAUAUUAUUUUCUUAAUCUGACAUAAUUCACUGCACAACACCAUAUCACAGUCAUAACAUAUUCAUUUGAAGUGCUGCUUAAAAAAGCUAGUGUGCAAUGCACAUGUAAAAUAUUAAGGUCUUGUAAUCAUUUACGUCAUUCAUACUGUAGUUUUUACUCUUUGCAACUUGUUUUUCAGUUCCCUUUUCACCCCUGUAAUAACCCCAGUCUUUAAGGAAAAUGUAUUUUGAUUACAUGAAAAAUUAUAAUAAUGGCAUGCAACUCAAUUGUAACUCUUUCUAUGUUUUUGUUAUGAUGUUAUGAUCACAAAUUAUUUGUAACAGGGUGAAAAUAUAUCAUAUAUACAGAAAGAAAAAGAUCAUUUGUAUUACAGUGCUGCUGUUUUGGGAAGCAAGGUGUUUGCCUCUUGCCCAUCACAAUGUUUCACAUAUGUAUCGCCGCUGAGCCACUUUUGCAUUUUUUAUCAUAUCUGGAGAUCACCUUUGUGAGGUAAAGUGAGGAUCUUCGCUCUUCCUCAAUUGGCAGGUGAAUACAUCACCAGCUACGCUUUGUCUCUUACCUGUCACAUGUAGCCAGACUUUAACUUUUAGAAGAAAAACAAUUAUUUUCGGGUCUGCUGUCCCUCCAAAGGUAUGACGUCCUCUUGAGUUUCUCUCUUCUCUAUGGUUUGCUGUAAGAAUAGAGCUUUUUAUUUCCUCAAAGACUUAGUAAGUAACUAUUUUGAAUAUAAGACACUUGUAAAUUGCUUGUAAAAUUAUACUUAAAUAAGUCAUUAUGAAAGUUAUGAUUAUACAGAGUAAACAAUAUUUUUUGCGUGGGUUUCACAGAUCUGUACAGUAGCACUCGUUUUCUGUAGCAUACACAACAAAAGCCACAUUACUCGCAAGGUCUGCAUUGAAAUGUCAUCCGAAGAGAUUUCAAAGACUCCAUGCAGUUUGUAAUCAGGUAAUCAGUUUUUGUAUUUGGGGGCUGGGGUGGGGAUUACAAGCAUUGCAGCAGAUUUUUCUAAACGGUCCACUUUAAAGGCAUACGUCAUCCGACAAUGACAUUUCUGUCAUCAUUUAUUCACCCUCAUGUUGUUAGAAACCUGUAUGAGUUUCUUUUUUCUGUUGAACACAAAAGAAGAUAUUUUAAUAAAUGGUGGUCAGCACAGUUGGCAGUACCCAUUGACUUUCAAGGUAUUUGUUUUUUCCACUAUGAAAAUCUGUGGUUAUCGCCAACUGUGCUUCCCAUCAUUUAUCAAAAUAUCUUCUGUUGUAUUCAACUGAAAAAAGAAACUGACACAGGUUUCGAACAUAGACUGUAAAAAAAGAUGGAUGCGACGUCGCUUUCUUCGAUCGGAAUGAAUGAAACCCUGGGCGUUGCCGUAUUACAUAAAAACAUCAGUUUAGAGCCAGGGCAUGCGCAGAAGGAAUCGUCCGUGGAGCCAAGCUAUCAAACUUCCCCCCAAAUGUUUGCGCGCCCAAUUUAACUCUUUCCCCGCCAUUGAAGAGUUAUCUUUUCAAUGAAGAGAAAACGCUUCCCUUACAAUGACGAGAAUUUCCGGCUUUCCGCAAUACCACUAUUAUCCACCAGGUCCGCAACUUAUACGAACCAGAAGUAACGCCUAACGUGAAAGAGAGAGAACUCUGUGUAUGUUUCAAAGAUUGCUCCACAUCUGAUCUCUAUCAGAAGUCCUUCGCAAAAAUUGAUUUAUCUCAGCUUUUUGCUCAAAAUUUGGUGUUUUUGAAGAAACCUACUCAUAUUUGAGAGGUGAUAAACAGAGAACUAAUGAAGGUAGGAUGAAAUGUUUUUUUUUCUUUUGAAAGCAGAGGGUCUGUUCUUUAAUUUGAUAUAUUGUAAAUUUUUUUAAAGAAGAACAUUUUCUGGAAAGCAUUAAACUUUUGUGAAAAUCAUGAAAAAUGCUGGCGCUGGCUGGCAACAAAGAGUUAAGCCCUUGAAUGUCUUAUUUGACUGGCUUGCUAAAAUAAGGUAAGAUAAAUACAACUCAUUUUGUCGUUGUGUGAAAUAACACAGAAGUCCAAAAUGAAUAGCUAGUUAAAUCUUCAAUCUUCCCUUGAAGCUCAGAGAGUCCGCUUAGAGUCAAUCACAAAUGUCCAUCAUAACGACACGCCCCGUUUCUAUAGCAUCAAAUUACUUGCUAAAAUUAAACUUAACACAAAAAUGAACAAUUGAACAUAUCAGCAUGAUAACAACUACCUCAAAGGACCAAAUCUAUCUUUCGGAAAAUUUUAUUUGAAGUGUAAUUCAUUUAAGUCAUGUUUGCAUGAAGAGGGCGGGGUUUAUGACUUGAACUGCAGCCAGCCACCAGGGGGCGAUCAGCAGCUUCACUUUUCAAAAUGUAUGAGGCACACUCAGUUUAGAACAACAUGAGGGCGAGUAAAUGACAGAAAUGUUAUUGUUGGGUGAACUAUUCAUUUAAGGUAAGCUUGGAUCACGCAUGCCUAGGUAGAAGUGUGGAAAAACUGGGAAGGCUCAAAACGGGCGAAGGGAGACUGCAGAUUGCGAAUCCAUCCUGUCGGUGAACCAAAGCUUUGUGCCGUCAAACUUCUGGGAUUUUUACGUAACAUCUUCAAAACCAAAAUGUACUUUGUAUUCAUUGAUGGUCAUUGAGGGCGGUCAUAACAGUUUGGAAUGCUGCAGGUCAGGUAUUGAUUGCGACUACAGAUGAACAGUCUGGGAUUAUUUUAUGUAGCAGUUUUUGCCUAGGCGAAAGCCAUGUGUAGUUGAUAAAAAAUCUACUAUAUUAUAUUUUUGGUUUUAUUUACCUCUCAUAGAAUAGUAAAGAAAUGUGAAUUUAAAUAAGCUCAGUUGCUGACUAUUUACAUAAGAUGAGCUAGACUAAGACAUGUAGAGUUACUAAAAGUCAGUAAAGAUUUAGAAGUCACAGAAAAAAACAUUAGUACUUUCUCAGUCACAUUAAAUGCCAGUUAAGGACAAACCUGUUUUGUUUUGUCAAUCGCAUUUUUUUUUUUUUUUUUUUUUGACUGUUGAUGUGUGUGUUUGUCUGGCUAAAGGAGCAGUACAACAAACGAGUUUUGUCUUUCAGAAAAACUCACCCAUUUUUGUUUUUCCUUAAAAGUAAAUAUAAUGGCAGUGUAGGACAGAGUAUAAAAAGAAGUUAUGAUACAUGGAGGUGGGAAAGUGAGACUUAAUACAACAACAGAUCUCCUUCCAAGUCAAUUUUGCACCCACAUGGAGAGCAUUCGAAAAAUCCAUUCUUUCUAAAUUUGAUAUUUUGAUAUAAAGUGCAGUGCGAUAAGAACAAUGUCAGUCAAGCUGUUGUACUGCUACUGCAUCAUUGGUUUCGGUCCCAUAUAGUUUCAAGGAGAAAAUGCCUGAAUUCAAAUUACGCCUGCCACAUCUACAAACGACACGGUGAGAAGGGCAGGUGGCCGAAGCCUUCGUGCGUGACUGUGUGUCAACUAUGUAGCUCACUCCCUUUUAUUCUCGGCUGCUUUGUAGCCCUCAGGAACAUUUGCAGGGGUAAAAACGGCAGCUUAUAAACAAUACGCCAGAGUCAAACAAAUCCCUAGCUCAAAAGUGGGCUGUUCAGUCAGAAUUGGUGUUUUUAUCAAGUAGCACUUUUAUCAUGAUUACACCGUAGGCAUGAUGUGAAGAUUAUCUCAAAACCAAGCGGUGUCCUUAUUCUAGUCCUCUCCCAUUUCCCCAACAUUCUACUAUGGUGUUUAUUUGAAAGGUUGGAAGAAUCAAAAAGAAGUACAGAUUUCCCUGAAAAAACAAAAAUGAAUAUUGAAUUCUGUACUUGCACUUAAUAUAAGAAAAUGACACCUAUUAAAAUAAUGAUUUUCAUCUUAGUGGACUCACAACAGAGAAUAACACUUUUGUUUCCUGUUUAAUAAAAACCUGUUGUGAGUUUUGCAUUUAUCUUUUAUGUGGUUAACAGUAGAAAUUAUUUUAGUGUUUUAUACUGGGGUGGGUGGGAGAUGUCAUGUGACUAUAACCUAUUUAUCACUGAAACCAUGUGACCUGCUGCCUAAAUGUUCUUUUAUAUUGAAGCAUUAUCACUUGUGUGCGUACUACACAACUAAUCGCUUACAUAAAGCUGACACAAAACUUGCAUUAAUAAAAUCAUUUCUGCUAUUGGCAAAUUGCAUGAGAAAGUACUAAUUCAUCGGGCGGGUUUGAACAUAUCUCCUGUUCUUUCUAAACUACAUUGGUUGCAGUCAUUUGUAACAAAGAAAGUAUUGUGUUCUGAAAUUUCUUUUUUGCUUUUUUAUGUAUAUAUGUAGAUCAUAUUAAAGGAACGGGUCUGAUAUGUGACUUGUGAAAUGUCAAUACGAUGUGGUUGCAGGAAAUGUGCUGGGUUACAAGAUGUAAAAACAUGUAUAUAAGUAAAAGUUUCAUUUUUCUAAUA